AUGACUCAAAAAAUUAUGCUCUUUUGCAUUCUCGAUGGCGACUCUUCCGCAUUUAAAGUCCAAUUGGAUGCUGAUGACUCAAUUGCUGCUCUCAAAAAAGCAAUCAAGAAGGAAAAAGAAAACGACUUCCGAGAGAUUGUUGCCGACAAAUUGAAUCUCUGGCAUGUCUCCAUCGUAAUCGGAGACGAUGAGGACGAAAAAACCAUUACACUUUCAGAACACCCAAAUGCAAAAAAGCUUUGUGCAACAAGCAAGAUCUCUGAGAUUUUCGGCACUACACCAGAAAAGAAAACCAUACACGUCAUUGUCCAGAGGCCGUCGGCAGAUCCGUCUACUUCCACUUCGAUACCGCGACUUUUGAAAAAAAAGAGGUGGACCGUCAAUGAACCGAUCAGAUUCGACGAAGUUAAUCAGGUCUACUAUGUGGAUCCUGCGGACCAUGACAACAAUGAGGAAAUACUACAGGGCGUUUUUGACCGCGAGAUAGUGAUGCUCAUAGGCGCACGUGCCUCUGGAAAAACAACACGGUUGUAUCGACUUAUCACCCAAUUAGCUGACUUUGGAUAUCGCUGCCUCCCACUAUCAUUUGAGGGAGUUGCCGUUGGCAAUAAUGAGCCUGAUUUCUGGAAAACUUUUGGAAAUGCUCUUCGCCGCAACUAUAAAGUCGAUGAUAUUACAACCAAACGAGAUUUUCUCGAUGCUUUCGGUCGAACUAAAUUCAAGGACGAGAAGAUUGUCAUCUUGGUUGACGAGUUUGAUUUACUGUUUAACGCAAGCGACGAGAUCCGCAACCAAUGCUUACAGGCGUUUCGAGCAAUCCGACAGAACAACCAUUUAUACGCCAUUGACAGUAUUGUCUUAUGUGGAACCUUUAGUCUUCAGCACCUUAGCACAACAGGUCAACACAUACCCCGUUCAAUGUCAACAAUACUAUCAGGAACCCGUAUUUCACUCUUGAUCAAACGCAGCAGCUCUUUAAUGACUAUGCGAAGAUGA